GAGUGUGUGUGUGUAUCCAUCCCACUCCGCUGUGGUCAGGUGAUCAGGCGUUGAGCAGCUGUGCAGUCUCGGUAUCGCUCACAAUCAGACAACGGGAGUCACCGGCGCCGAACACACUCAGUUUUUCUCCCGACGCAAACGUUAAUCCGUUCGGUGAAACGCUGCCUUUAGGAGCGUCGUGUCAGCGAAACGACAUGGGGGACCGAGUAGCUUUACUGCUGCUGGCUGUAGCGGCUUCGGCUCUUGCUGCCGAGGUGCCUACAGAUGUUUCUAUGGGUCUGUUGGCAGAGCCCCAGGUGGCCAUGUUUUGCGGCAAACUCAACAUGCACAUUAACGUGCAGAGCGGAAAGUGGGAGCCGGACCCCUCGGGCACCAAGAGCUGCAUCGGCACCAAGGAGGGCAUCCUGCAGUACUGCCAGGAGGUGUACCCAGAGCUCCAGAUUACCAAUGUGGUGGAGGCCAACCAGCCAGUCAGCAUCCAGAACUGGUGCAAGAAGGGACGCAAGCAGUGUCGCAGUCACAUGCACAUUGUGGUGCCCUACCGCUGCCUAGUGGGAGAGUUUGUGAGCGACGCCCUGCUUGUUCCUGACAAGUGCAAGUUCCUGCACCAGGAGCGUAUGGACCAGUGUGAGAGCCACCUGCACUGGCACACCGUAGCCAAGGAGUCCUGUGGAGACCGCACCAUGAAUCUCCAUGACUAUGGUAUGCUGUUGCCGUGCGGCAUCGACCGUUUCCGAGGAGUGGAGUUUGUGUGCUGUCCUGCGGAGGCGGAGCGUGACGCCGACAGCGCCGAGCAGGACGCUGAUGAUUCCGAUGUCUGGUGGGGUGGAGCGGAGACAGAUUACUCUGACAACAGUAUGGUGCGGGAGCCAGAGCCAACGGAGCAGCAAGCGGAAACCAGGCCAUCUGUGGUCGAGGAGGAGGAGGAGGAGGAGGAGGAGGAGGAGGUAGCCGAGGAAAAUGACGAGGAAGAGGAGGAGGAAGAGGACGUGCUGAACAACGACCAGGAUGGAGACGGAGAGGAGGACGAAGACGUUGUGGAGGAAGAGGAAGAGGAAGAGGAUGGAGACGACGUCAUUGUCGACACCCUCGACGACAACGAUGAUGCCGACGAGCCCACCACCAGCGUUGCCAUGACGACCACAACCACUACCACCACCACUGAGUCUGUGGAAGAGGUUGUCAGAGAUGUGUGCUGGGCCAAUGCAGAGACUGGUCCAUGCCGGGCCAUGCUGCCCCGCUGGUACUUUGACCACCAAGAGGGCCGCUGUGCUCAGUUUAUCUACGGCGGCUGCGGAGGCAACAGGAAUAACUUUGACUCAGAGGAGUACUGCCUGUCUGUCUGCAGCAGUGUCAUACCCACAGCCACACCCAGCUCCCCCGACGCUGUAGACCACUACCUGGAGACGCCUGCUGAUGAAAACGAACACGCCCACUUCCAGAAGGCCAAAGAGAGCCUGGAGGCUAAGCACCGUGAGAGGAUGUCCCAGGUGAUGAGAGAGUGGGAGGAAGCUGAGAGGGAAGCUAAGAAUCUUCCACGUGCUGACAAGAAGGCCGUCAUCCAGCGUUUCCAGGAGAAGGUGGAGGCACUGGAGCAGGAGGCAGCCAGUGAACGGCAGCAGCUGGUGGAGACCCACAUGGCUCGGGUGGAGGCUCUGCUUAAUGAUCGCCGCCGCCUGGCUCUGGAGAGCUACCUGACCGCGCUGCAGCAGGACCCACCCAGGCCUCGCCACGUCUUCAGCCUGUUGAAGAAGUAUGUGCGUGCCGAGCAGAAGGACAGGCAGCACACCCUCAAACACUUUGAACACGUCCGCAUGGUGGAUCCCAAGAAGGCUGCGCAGAUCAGACCUCAGGUACUGACCCACCUGCGUGUCAUUGAGGAGCGUAUGAACCAGUCUCUGGGACUUCUCUACAAGGUGCCGGGUGUGGCCGACGACAUCCAGGACCAAGUUGAGCUUCUGCAGAGGGAGCAGGCGGAGAUGGCCCAGCAGCUGGCCAACCUGCAGACGGACGUGAGGGUGAGCUACGGCAACGACGCCCUGAUGCCCGACCAGGAGCUGGGAGACGGCCAGACCGACCUGUUGCCCCAGGAGGACACACUGGGCCUGGGGGGAAUUGGCUUCGUCCACCCUGAGAGCUUCAACCAGCCCAACACUGAGAACCAGGUUGAGCCAGUGGACUCCCGCCCCAAUCUUGACAGAGGCAUUCCCACACGGCCAGUGACUGGAAUGAAGAUGGAAGCUAUUCCUGAGCUGCGGAUGGAUACGGAGGAAAGACAGAGCACUGAAUAUGAAGUUCACCACCAGAAACUGGUCUUCUUCGCAGAGGAUGUGGGCUCCAACAAGGGCGCCAUCAUCGGCCUGAUGGUUGGAGGCGUCGUCAUAGCAACCGUGAUCGUCAUCACCUUGGUGAUGCUGAGGAAGAAGCAGUACACCUCCAUCCACCACGGAGUCAUCGAGGUGGACGCUGCCGUCACCCCCGAGGAGCGCCACCUGUCUAAGAUGCAGCAGAACGGUUACGAGAACCCAACCUACAAGUUCUUUGAGCAGAUGCAGAACUGAGGAGAAUGUCAUAUGUACACACACACACACACAUACAUACACACACAUAUACACAUAAAACACAAACAUCUCCCACACAUCAAGCACCUCCCUUCCCUCUCUCCUCCUCCCCCUCCCCCGACUAGUCCCACGUCUCCAAAAGGCAGUGUGGCUUAAAUCAUCGAGUGACUGGACUAGUCAGUUACGAGCAGACAGAGCGACUGUAGCCAGGGUUUUCUUUCAUUUCUGCCUGGGCGGACACUGUGGCCAAGCCAGUUUGCACCAUGUUUGUUCACUUUAUCAGAGCAAGACGCCUUUUAAUUAAUGAAAGGUGUUUUUAUAUGUUGCUCCGUCUGGGCCUGCUGAUGUAUGGGGGGGGAAAAAGGCCCCGCCCAGUGCAUCGACACAAACCCACUCUUUGGGGAAAGAAGCGCUUUCUCUCCACACUGAUUCAGGGCCAGUGUAUAGUUGGGGUUUUGGUGUGGGACGGUUUUAGGUGUAGACUUGUGUUGGCAAAUCUGACCACUGAUCAGUGGGAUUUUUGGCGCACGUUGACCUGGGCCUCAUUUACAAAAAUGAAUUGCAGAAUCGUUAUUUCAAAUAAUUAUUCAACGUGUGGACAUAUUCAUUAGUUUCUAUCAUAUUCUUUGUAAUGAUUAUAUAAUGAAAAAUAGGCUUAAAUCAAGCAGCAUGAUUUUUCUAAAUAAGGCCCAGUGUUUCCCCACCAACUGCACCACUACUGCACUCAGUCUACACUGGAGUAUCCUCUCUCCUUCCUCCUCCUCCUCCUCCAUCCCUCCAUCCCUCCCUCCAUCCUCUUUCUUUGCGCAUUCUUACGACAGCUGGGCUGUGAUAAGUCACACAAGGCUCUUAAGGAUAUUUGGAGAUGCUGAUGAUAAUAAAUAUGUUGAUGACGACGGUAGUAAUUAUGUAUUCUGAAUGAGCUGUUUUUUAUUUUAGUUUUUUUUUUCUCUUUUCGUUUCCAGUUUUGUUUUUCAAAAAAGAAUGAAAAUGGAGAAAAAAAAGUCAAACCGAUGUAAAGUCCUUUUUUUAAAUUGCGUGUAAUGUUACUGAAGUAAUGCCGAAGUCUUAGCUGUUCCUAUGUAGUGCAUGACAACAAUGACAACAGGAUUUGGAAAAAACAAAACAAAAAAACAACCAAGAUCUUACCGCUGCUCUCUCUUGAGAUCCUUUCUCACGUAUAGAUUGUCAUUCUAGCAAGAUUGUACAUUUAGUAUCUUCUCGUGAUCACGUGACUUCAAACAAUGAAAUAUAUAUAUAUAAAUCUAGUCGAACGGGCUAUGCUUUGAUAUCAUGUAAAAUACACAUUUAAAAGAGAUCUGUGAUUUUGGAAUUUAAGUGUGUUCCUCUUUUCUUUUAACCAUGCUACGUUCGUGAAGCUACAGGAGGGGGGCUGGCUUCAUCUCUGUUUGUAUAUUAUUCUCAUUCAGAAAUAUAUUGUGUUAAAAAUCCUUAUGCGUAGGGGCUCUCAGAAAUCACCCCCUUAUAAUUUUUGUUUCAUUCAUGUUACUUUGUUCUUUUAAAAGGGCAUGUUGUGGGUGUGAAGGUAGCGGGAAGGGAAAUAAAAAAAAAAUGGGAGGAAUCUGGCAUGGGGGAUGGGUUAGGAUUAUCUCCGUGUGUAUGUGUUUUGUCAUUUUCAGUCUGGUGUUUCGUCCAGUUGUAAGCCGACGCUGUCUAUUUUUUGGUUUAGUAAUCAUUUUACUGAUAGAACAAGUGGAGUGCUGAGAGGAAAUGACUUGCAGUUCCGGAUGGAUAGCCAGCCAGGCAUGCAGCCUGUGUAUAUAAUGGAUUUUCACUCCCCAGCACCUCCCUUCCCCUCCCUCAUUCGCCUUCCUUUCCCUUCAGGCAUGCUGCUCACCUCUCUGCCAUCAACGCACACUUGACUCCUCAGAGGCAGAGCACUGUCGCCUGAAUAAAGAUGAUAGGCGUUCACCAUUGAGAGAGCUGACAGUGAGUCUGGAUGUGGAAACAGGGAUAAAAUAAUGGUGUCAGCAUCGUAGGCAAGAAUCGCCCGUUCAUCUUUGUACAUCCGCUAGUGUUAAAAGGUUUGACACCACCUCAACAUUACAUGAAAGAAAAUUGAAAGAAAUGCAGUGUAACCUCUCACUCUAAUAAUACAUCUAACGGUGAGUAAGAUCUGUGAGGAAAUGGUGUUCAUAUGGAGGCUGCAGUGGGGUGGGUCCUUGGUUUUCAGAGUGUACUCAUUAGAAGCCCAACAGAGGGCAGUAGAGUAGAAGAGGAAGCAGGAUUUUCUUUCUAUCUUUUUUUUUUUUCCUUCUGUGGGUUAGAAAUUGGCUUUGUUUUCCACUGUGUAAUAUUGUGCAGGCCAUUUGCAUUGACUGGGAAAACGCUUUCUACACUGUAUUCCAUAAUAAAGUUUUGAAUGUACAUACA